AUGCUUAAUGGGGCAAAUUUCAAGCUGUGGAAAGAGAAUGUGGAAAUUGUUCUCGGCUGCAUGGAUCUCGACAAUGCGCUAAGGACUGAGAAACCCACUUCCACUCAGGAAAAUCCAAACACGGAUAAAAUUGAGAAGUGGGAACGCUCAAAUCGCAUGUGUUUGAUGAUCAUGAAACGUUCCGUUCCGGAGGCGUUUAGGGGCUCGAUUGUUGAGACUACCAAUGCCAAGUUGUUUCUUAAGGAACUCGAGCAAUACUUUGCUCGAAAUGAAAAGGAUGAAAUUGGUCAAACCUUGUCCAAACUCAUAAACAUGAGGGUUGCCCUUGGAGCUGACCGCCAAGUGAUGUUGAGAGAUACAUCUUUGUGGGCGAUGGCAAAAAGGUUGCAGUUCAAGCUAUUGGGAAUUUUAGAUUAUUGUUAA